AUGUCUCCAAUCAUACCAGUCUCAGGUGGAAAAGGAGACCCUAACAUUCGGUCAGAAGCUGGCUUCAUUCUUUAUGUUAUCACUGCAUUUGCAGCCCUUGGUGGACUCCUUUUUGGUUAUGAUUUCGGUGUAACCAGUGGUGUGAUGGCUAUGCCUUACUUCCAAGAAUACUUUUAUGAAUUGACACCGGCAAUCAAGGGUGCCUUAAAUUCUCUUAUGGGAUGUGGUGCUGUGUUUGGAUGCUUGAUCGUGGGUGUUCUCUCUGAUCGGUUCGGUCGUCGUGAUACCAUUGCUGGUUCUGCUUUGAUCUUUAUUGUUGGUGGUAUUCUUCAGACAGCCUCCCAGAACAUUGAGAUGCAGUUGAUCGGUCGAUUCGUCUCUGGUCUCUCCGUCGGUGCUUGUUCCGUACUGUCUCCAAUGUACAACGCCGAGCUGGCACCCAAAGAAAUCCGCGGUCGUCUUGUUGGUUUUCAGCAGCUUAUGGUUGACAUUGGUCUCUUAGUAUCUGGAUGGCUUGAUUUUGGAACCAUUUACAUCCAUAGUGAUUGGUCGUGGCGUAUCCCUUACAUGGUCCAGAUAUUACCUGCUAUUUUGCUUGCAUUCUGUCCCUUUCUCUUACCUCGUUCUCCCCGCUGGUUGGUUGAGAAGGGUAGAUACGAUGAAGCCAUGCUGGUCCUGGCUCAAGUUCAUGGAAAUGGCGACCAAAAUCACCCAUAUGUUCAGCAAGAAUUCAAGGAAAUCAAAGAUUCAGUUGUCCUCGAAAAUAAUCUUUCUGUCGGAAGUUAUAUAGAUCUUUUGAAAGAUUCUAGAAAUCAUCGUGUACUUUGGGUUGGAUGCUCCAUUGCUAUUUUUCAACAGCUUACUGGUGCGAACGUUAUUAUGUACUACGCUGCUUUUAUGUUCCAACAAGCCGGUCUUAAAGGAUCAAUGUCUUUGAUGGCAAACGGUAUCAAUUAUAUUGUCAUGGUUGUCUUCUGUAUUCCUGGCAUGCUUCUUGUCGACAGAGUGGGCCGUGUAAAACUGAUGAUCUGGGGAUCUACUGGAAUGUGCGUCUGCUUCUUUAUUAUCGCUGGUCUGUACGGUGGUUGUGGGUACAAAGAAUGGGACGAGGCCAGCAUGAGUCAUGUUGUCAACAUGUCUGAAAAUCCAAAUGCUCAGAACGCUGUCAUUGCCUUUAUCUUCAUCUUUGUCGCUUUCUAUGCCACUACAUGGGCUCCCGUUGCUUGGAUUUACAUUGCCGAAAUUUUCCCUCUUCGUAUCCGUUCCAAGGGUUUUGCUUUGGCAUCCUCCGUACUUUGGAUUGGUAAUAUUGUUGUCGGUCAGGUUACACCUGUACUUAUGGACAGUAUCACCUGGGGUACAUACCUAAUCUACGGUGCGAUUGGUAUUGGUAUGCUUGUGUGGGUAAUUCUGUUUGCUCCUGAGCCCAAGGGUCUCUCUCUCGAAGAAAUGGAAGUCAUUUUCAAAGGUCCUUUGAUUGUUACCAACCUUAACUAUACCGAGUACCUUGCCGCCCAUCACGAAGAAAUUGAACGUAUUCGUGAGGAAGUCAACAGAGCUGCUGUUGAUAAGUCCAAGGGAGAGAUGUCAGAGGAAAAGUCUCCUUUGUAA